AUGCGGACUACAUUGUGGGCCAAAAAGAAAUAUGAUUUUAUUGAUGGAUCUAUCAAGCAACCAGCAGAUGACUCACUAGAACUCAAAGAUUGGUGGACGGUUAACUCUAUGCUGGUUUCUUGGGUGUUUAACACCAUUGAACCGACGCUUUGCUCGACCAUCUCUCACAUGGAGAACAUAAAGGAUCUAUGCAAUCUUACCGUUGAAUUGGAAAGAAAGCGUGAAGAAGAGAGAGUUCAUCAGUUUUUGAUGGGCUUGGAUGAAGAAGGAUACGGAACAGUGCGCUCUAAUAUUUUGAGCAUUGAACCCUUGCCCAAUUUGAAUCGUGCCUAUGCUAUGGUUGUUCAGCAAGAGCGGGUGCAAACUAUGACACAAACCAAGGAAGAAAGAGGCAAUCCUAUGAGUUUUGCAAUUCGAGCAGGUAGUCGAAAUUCAGGGGGGGAUAAAGACAAAUCCUCAAUUUGUUCUAAUUGCAACCGAGAGGGACAUGAUGUUGAAAGUUGUUUCCAGCUGAUAGGUUAUCCAGAAUGGUGGGGUAAUAGUCAAAAGCGUGGCAAUGGAGCAGGACGUAGUAAGGGAGGAGUUGCUCAUGCCAAUGCCACACAAGCAACUGGAGUUGAUGGUGGGCGUGGAAUUGUGACAGAUUCAGAUCGAAAGGGUCUUAGUGGAUUAAAUGAAGAGCAGUGGGCUGCUUUGCUGGGCAUGUUGAAUUCUUGUCAGAAUGGUGGCAAUGAGAGGCUGAUAGGUACGCAGAGAAUAUUUCCUUGGAUUAUUGACACAGGAGCUUCCCAUCAUAUGACAGGAAUGUUGGCAUUUUUGAGUGAAUUGCGUGAUAUUGUGCCAUGCUCAUACCUAAAUUCGAGGAACCUGAUUGGAGCAGGUGAGCAAAGCGAGGGGCUGUACUUUCUCAAGGGAGUGACAUCGGUACAUGCUUACAAGGUAACUGAUGUGGGGUCUUUUGAGCUUUGGCAUAAGAGAAUGGGUCAUCCUUCUUAUAAGGUGGUAGAGUUAAUUCCAGAAGCUGGUAGCAUUGGUAGGAAAACUAAUAAAACUUGUGAAACUUCCUGUGUAGGAACACCUCAACAAAAUGGCCGAGUGGAAAGAAAAUACCGCUAUAUUCUUAAUGUGGCAAGAGCUUUGCGUUUCCAAGCAAAUUUACCCAUAGAAUUUUGGGGAGAAUGUGUACUUGCAGCCGAGUAUUUGAUUAAUAGGACUCCAUCUAUGUUAUUAAAUGGUAAAACCCCAUAUGAGAUGCUCUUUGGGAAAGUACCUUCUUACAAACACAUUCGGGUUUUCGAUUGUUUGUGCUAUGUGCAUAAUCUGAAUUGGGAUAAAGAUAAAUUUGGUAAUAGAAGUCGUAGGUGUGUUUUUGUUGGGUAUCCAUUUGAAAAGAAGGGAUGGAGAUUGUAUGAUUUGGAAACUAAAGAAUACUUUGUAUCAAGAGACAUGGUAUUCGCUGAAACAGAAUUUCCAUAUGCAAAUGAGAAAACAAUGGGUGAUGAACUCAUUAAAAAUGGAGUUGAGGAGUUGGGUGAUGAAGUUGAUGGUUUAGAGAACAACUUGGGAAAGGAGCACGAUGAAAGUGUGGGUAGAGAAAGUGAGGUGAAUCCUGAAAUGGAAGAAUUGAUCCAUGAAAACAGUGAGGGAGUGGAUAGAGGUGAAGUUAUUGAAGAGCAACUAGGUAGGGAACAAAGGGCCAAGCAACCUAGUGUUCGUUUGAAGGAUUAUGUGACAAACGCUAUCAAAACAAGGCCCUCGGUAUGCUCACCUUCCCAAUCUGAUUCCUCAGGUACGCCUUACUCUAUAGCACAUUAUGUGGGUUAUGAUAAAUUCUCUACACAACACCGAUGUUUUUUGGCAGCCAUUACUACAGGACAUGAACCAAGCUCUUAUGCAGAAGCAGUUAAGGAUGAACGGUGGAGAGCGACUAUGAGAAAAGAAACAUAG